GGGCAGGCAGGCCUACCUGUUGCACAGAUGAAGGUCAGUGACAAACACAGGUAGAAAGGACAGAAGAAGAACAGAGGGGGAAGAAUCAAGGUGUUUCCAAUGUGGCGUCACCAUGGUCUGACCACUGCUCCGCGACGAAACGCCUGGAUGUGAAAAAGGAUUCACCUACCUGGAAACACCUGCACUCUCCACUCUUCUGUUGCCCUGAGUCCGAUGGCAAAGCGAAAUGACCCGAACGAUCCCCCUCCUCCUUACUACCCUAUUACUGUGCACUCGUUGCCCCCCCUCAAGCCCUACGACGAUGUAGUAUAUGGGGUGGGACCCGGCCUGACACCCCCCAACCAUCCACAGUACAGCCCCCAGUAUUCACCGCCUGUGGCUGUUCCACCAGUCUCACACUCAGCCGGCAGCCAUAAGAAGAGGAGAUGCUGUGAGAAUAAGGCCCAGUGUUACGGAGGGUCAGGGGGAGUUUUCCUGGUGCUCGCUCUGCUGCCACUGGGCAUCUGGCUUGGAGUCCAAUUCGGCACCAGGCUGGCGACAGCAUCGUACCUGUUCAAUGACGACGAUCAUUACGAGGAAGAUCUCUCUUUACCCAAGUACGACAACUGCCCCAACAAUACUGUCCAAUGUGAUGGAAAGAAAGACUGCCAACUGGGUAGCGACGAAACAAACUGUGUGACAUUUGGUAAGGACAAUCGUCUGCUGGUCAAAACAGCUCAAGAAGGCGGCUUCCUACCAGUGUGCUACAGCGGCUGGGACCAGAGCUACGCUGAACAAACCUGUGCUCAGCUAGGUCUCAGAAAACACUUUUUCACCGAACCAUUGAAAUCUCAGGAGUCCAGGGCUCUAGAAUUGAGCGAAAAAGCACCGUUGCCUAUCCAGAGUCUGGUGAAUGUCAGUUCUUCCUGUCCCAACCAGGAGAUCGUUUCCCUGCAGUGUGUGGACUGUGGUAAGCAGCAGUCUACAUCCCGGAUCAUCGGGGGCACUGCAGCCAAGACAGGUCAGUGGCCUUGGCAGUUGUCGCUCCACUUCAGACAAUCCCAUGUCUGCGGCGCAGUCCUGAUCUCCCCGGAUUUUUUGCUGACCGCUGCCCACUGCUUCCCGCAAAGCAACUCAGAGACUCUCGUAGCGAAGAACUGGAAAGUGUAUGCUGGAACGGUGUCUCUGGACAGUCUGCCUACGGCUUAUCACGUGAAGAGGAUCCUGCUCAACCAGAACUACAACAACCACACUAACGACUUAGAUGUUGCUCUGAUCACACUUAAAUCUCCAGUUGAUUUCAGCAAGAAAGUUCAACCAGUCUGUCUACCAAAAGUUGGCCAGACAUUUCCCCAAGGAACCAAAUGCUGGACCACUGGCUUCGGCUCCACUGUAGCAGGAUCUGCUGUCUCUAAUGAUCUGAUGGAAGUGAUGGUGGACAUCAUUGAUAGACAAGUGUGUAACAGACCCGGUGUGUACGGAGGCAGUGUGACCAGUAACAUGCUCUGUGCUGGUAAACUGGAGGGAGGCAAGGAUUCCUGUCAGGGGGACAGUGGUGGACCUCUGGUCUGUGAUUCUGACGGCCAUUGGUACCUGAUGGGCCUCACGAGUUGGGGGUCUGGCUGUGGAGAGAAAAACAAGCCCGGAGUUUAUACCGACGUCAAAAGUGUUCUUCCGUGGAUCUAUAGCAAGAUGCAGCAAGAGAAGCCGUGAUGUCCCCCUUUCACCGAUGAACCCUGCACUAUGAAGUCGUCUCAGGGAGAUGUACGGACUAAGGCCCAACAGUCCCCUUAUAUUCCAUUAUACCUCAGAAAAAUGAACCCAUAGAAAUCAAUCCCUUAAAUAUGUCAAGAUCCAUGAUUUAUUGCCUUGGAAAUUUCUAAAAUCUGUAAAACAAACGUCAUAUCUCCCAAUGCUAUACAAUGUGGGGGGAAAUAUCCUGUAUUUCGCCCUUUUCUCUACAAAAAUGUAACGGGUUCUUUCUUAGUCUGUGUCCCAUCCUUCCGAGUUUAAUGCAAAACAAUGCACUUGGGUGAAAAGGUGUCCUCCCUGGCUGAGGUAAUGAAUUGAUGAGGAGAUGCUGUAGACAGGAAGGCAGAUGAAGGGGCUGGGGGGGAGAAGCAACACGGCGAAAUGCACAAGCUCAACACAGGACUUCAAUCUUUCUCCAUUUUCUACACUCAUUCUCCAUCACCCAACUGUCUUGUGUACCGCCUGACCGUGAUUAUCAUUGCACACCAUAAUCCAUACAAUGACACCCGUUCUCUUCAUUCCUUCUUCCUCCUUCCUCGGUGUCUCCAUCCUACAGUGUAUACUUAUGUUUACCUACAGUACGUGUUCAGUUGAACCUAAGGAUGGCUGGACCUUCUGUCCCGUGCUCUGUGCCAAUGAAGCUGUCCACUGCACUGUGAUCUCCAAAGCUGGUGUGAUAAUGAUACACUUUACAAAAUGAUCCAUGAUUGUAGAGGUGUGUUCUCCCUCCUCCGGGACACGGCUCCUGUCUCUUACUUGUUCAUUGUUGUUUACCACACUAAAAUAAAAAAAAACUGACACUUUAUGCAUUCACUUGAAAAGAAAGAAAGCAGUGUGACCCUCGAACCUGACUUUAAUAUAGGCUGGCGCUCACACUGUGAAUUUAAUUUCAGAAAUUGUUCUUUUAUGUUGUAUGUCAAUGUGUGUGGGUGUGUGUCGUCUGUGUCGUAUGUAUGUGGAGUGGCCAUGUUGUCUAUCGGAAACGUCUAUUUGUCUAAUGUAUGGGAUCAAUGAGUUUUUAACACUGAGCAUUAAAAAAAAGAAUAAAGAUGAAGGAAAUUCUUGAUAA